UAUCUUUGCGUAUAAAAUCCACGCGCUGUGUCUCCGGAUUGUUCAGAGUGAAGGGUUGAGUUUUGAGGACGUUACAGAAACUGCUCAGUGUUUCUCUCUAUAAUUUUUCUUCGUCUCUUUCUUUCUCUUCCUUUCUCUUUCACUUCCUCUUGUGUUUGUGUUUUUGAUAUUGUGUUUGUGUUUUUGAGGAAACAUGGCCGAUCAGCUUACAGACGAGCAGAUCUCAGAAUUUAAAGAGGCUUUCAGCUUAUUUGAUAAAGAUGGAGAUGGUUGCAUAACCACCAAGGAGCUGGGAACUGUGAUGAGAUCACUCGGGCAGAACCCAACUGAGGCUGAGCUCCAAGACAUGAUCAAUGAGGUCGACGCUGAUGGCAACGGAACAAUCGAUUUCCCCGAGUUUCUGAACCUCAUGGCUCGCAAGAUGAAAGACACUGACUCAGAAGAGGAGCUGAAGGAGGCAUUCAGAGUCUUUGACAAGGACCAGAAUGGCUUCAUUUCAGCUGCCGAGCUCCGCCAUGUGAUGACCAACCUUGGAGAGAAGCUCACCGACGAGGAAGUUGAUGAGAUGAUCCGUGAGGCUGAUGUGGAUGGAGAUGGUCAGAUCAAUUACGAGGAGUUCGUCAAGGUCAUGAUGGCCAAAAGACGAAUGAUGCAGAGGACUGGGGGGGAACAUCUUUCGCCGCCGCCGCUGCAUAGCUCAUCGCACUUGCUCUGCCCCAAUUUAAAACAAAAACUCAGAGGUCUCAAGAAAUCAGAUGGUACUAACAAAUGGGGAUCCUGCGUCGUGCUCUAGUGUUUGUCCGUGCUUUUCAUAUGCAGUUUUUGUUUACCCACCCCCAUCAACUGCUUUCGCUCAAAAGACUGUCGCCAUUGUGUUUGGCAUCUUUCUGCUGCGUUGUAUAUUUUAAAUCCUAUUCUCAGCUUUGUCUGAAAAUUUCCAGAGAAGCUUGUGAGUUAAUGA